AAGUAAAAUAUCCGCGAUUGAAGCUCGCAGUCAACCGGGAGUACCUUGGAAGUAGCUAACAUUUAGGAUUGUACAAUUUUUGAAAUGUCUAACGCAACAACAGUGACCAAGCCUUCAAACAAAGAAAACCCCCGUGUCUUCUUUGAUAUAGACAUUGGUGGUGAAAGAGUUGGCCGAAUGGUGUUCGAACUGUUUGCUGAUGUUGUCCCCAAAACUGCUGAAAACUUUCGAGCACUCUGUACUGGUGAGAAGGGAACUGGCAAAACCACAGGGAAACCACUCCAUUUCAAAGGAUGUCCAUUCCACAGGAUCAUCAAGCAAUUCAUGAUCCAGGGAGGCGAUUUCUCCAACCAGAAUGGCACUGGAGGAGAGAGCAUCUAUGGGGAGAAGUUUGAAGAUGAGAACUUCCAUUACAAGCACGACAAAGAGGGCUUGCUGAGUAUGGCCAAUUCUGGACCCGCCACCAAUGGCUCCCAGUUUUUUAUCACCACUGUGCCUACUGCUCAUCUAGAUGGCAAACACGUGGUCUUUGGACAAGUCUUGAAGGGGAUGGGGCUGGUGAAAACACUGGAGGCCAUAGAGACCAACGAGGACACACCUGUCAAGCUGUGUGUAAUUGCUGAGUGUGGUGAGCAUAAAGAUGGGGAGGACUGGGCAAUAGCACUGAAUGACGGCUCAGGGGACACCCAUCCAGACUACCCAGAGGACUCCAACGUCGACUUAAAAGAUGUUGACAAAGUCCUGUCUGUUGCUGAAGAUAUUAAGAAUAUUGGGAACAACUUCUUCAAGAACCAAGACUGGCAGUCUGCAAUCAAGAAGUACUCCAAAGCUCUCAGGUAUCUGGCGGUUGGCGGAGACGAGCAGGCGAUUGAGAAGGCCCAGGCGAAGCUGGAGCCCACAGCAGUGAGCUGCAUUCUCAACACAGCUGCCUGUAAACUGAAGAUGCAGCUCUGGCAGGAAGCCAUGGACAGCUGCGACGAGGCACUGAAGUUGAACCAGAAAAACACUAAGGCUCUGUUCAGGAGGGCCCAGGCCUGGCAGGGACUGAAGGAGUACAGUAAAGCCAUGAGUGAUCUGAAGAAAGCUCAAGAAAUUGCACCAGAGGAUAAAGCGAUCGAAAACGAGAUGAAGAGAGUCCAGAUAAAAGUGAAGGAGGAAAAGGAGAAAGAGAAGCAAAUCUAUUCCAAAAUGUUUGCAUGAAGAUCUCAGACAAUCAUUUGAUAUAAUAUAAGCCUACCCUAAAAGUACACUUGCCAAUAAUGAGUUAUUUCGUUUAGGCAGCUAGCUACAAUACAGGUCCGAAUUGAAAACCAAGACUGUAUAAUCAUAUUGGCUGUUGGAAGUUUUAUGAGUGGCACACAAGGGUAGCUGAAAAUAAAGUAUGGAUACACGUAAAGAAAUGUUGAAUUUUUUAAAAAGAGGAAUCGUAACCCUGUCAGCAUUUUGUCAAAGUAUUUCACUGUAUUAAUUUCUUUGGAGGGUUAUUCUGUCAAUGAUACUGUCAUGUUUACUCUGAAUGACUACUGUAAUAUCCCUUUAUUUAUGUCUGAACGUUUAAUAUAAGCCAUAAAGAUGAAAUGUGGUUGGUUGACUCAAAUUCUGGAAUUUGCCUAUUCCACCUGUACAAUGCAAUUAAAUGUUACCUGUAUGUUCAA